UACCUACCGGCUGACUCCCUCAGAGUCAUGCUCCAAUGCUGACCGUCGUCUCCAUUUCUUGCCUUCCUUGAAGUUCCUUUGAAGGCCAGAUUGCUUGCUUCCAAGAUUCUAAUCAGCGGCAAGUGUAGCCUGCAUUGGCAGCAAGCAUGGGUCCCGAGAAGGCCCUGAAGCAGCCUCUUCUCGAGAAAGCGAAUGGAAAAGACGUGGACGAUGAGCAGGAAGUGAAGAAGGUGACAAAAAAGUCCAAAACGGGCAAGUCCGUAAAGAAGGCGGCGGCCGAUGAGCAGGAGGUGGCUGAUGUGGAGCAGGGCGCCACCGAGGAUGUGGAGGAGGCAAAGCCGGCGAAGAAGGCGCCUGCCCAAAAGGCAGCCGCGCCAGAGGUUGAGGAGGAGCCUGCAGCGCAAGCAAAGGAGCCUGUGAAGGCCGCUGGCAAGCCGAAGGCGGAACUGAAGAGGGAGUUCAAGGCCGCAGGCGAUGUGGCGCUGCUGGCAGCGUCGCCCCAGCUGGAGCACCAGCCAUCGCGGGACUGGAGCGAGAAGAAUGAGAAGGUGCUGCAGGACUGGAAGCUGGAAGUGGCCACCAAGAUCAAAGACUGCGAUGCUCAAGCCAGGCAGCAGGGGACGCUCGGGCGGGCUCUUGUGAUCCCUGCAACUAUUCUAGGGGCCAUGACUACUGCCAGCUCCAGCCUUUCGGCACUGGUCAAGGACACGCCCGCUCUCUCUUACGCGGCCGCCGCCAUGAGCCUCGUGCUAACCAUCCUGACUGCUCUGCACACAAGCCUCAACCCUGAGAAGCAAGUCCAGACGUACCUAACGGCAAAGGACAAGUACGUAACCGUAAAAAACAAGAUCGAGGCAACGCUGGCUAUCGAUGUGGAGCAACGGGGAGACACGGGCGCCCACUUUAUCCUGGAGAUUCAAGGUUUGCUUGACAAAGCAGACGACAGCAUCAACCAGAUCCAGGGGGGACACUGACGCGGGCUGGGGUAUUGGUUUGCGAACAAAACGCAGCAUGAGCUGCCAACGUUGCUUUUGAUUACCGAUAUUUAUCUUCCAUCCUUUUACCUUAUAUAUGUUUCAGCGUCAAACGUGUUGCAUAGUUGGUAGAUGAAGUCAGCAUUGUAAAGAGAUACUAAUCUAGUCAAUAACAAAUCUAAGCACGUUUCUACAGGACAAUUCUUGAUUCUUGACGCUAUCGAGCAGCGUUUAUCGUUGUUGUUUUAUGACUAUACUGGGGUUGGCAUUGCAAGUCAAAUCAAACAAUAUCUGUUGGUUUUCUGUGAGUUGAGGAAAGUUACUUGAGACUUAUCUGACAAAUCUUUUAGAUACGACAGGAGUCUUUGAGGAAGCGAAGAGUACAAGGUCAUGCAGCCUGAUGGACCAUGCAAAAUGAAUUGAACGAGUUGUUGAACAUUUGAAGCAUUGCGAGACUAGCGAGUUGACUCCGAGGCUCCAGUGAUCGAAAUGUACCUGAAUUCGAUUUCGAUACAACAGUGCGGCCCAUGGCCACCAACUAGCAAGGGAUCCUCGAAAUGC